AUGCCCCUGGACAGCAUGGCAGCUGUUAUCUUACUAUUAUCUUACUAUGACUACUCUAUAACCUCCACUCUCAAACUCUCGACCGGUUUCUACAGAGAGCUCAGCUCGACCUAUGGUAUCAAUUCAACCUGGGUCAAGUUUGGGACUGUUGAACACAGAGCUAACUCGUGUGCUGGUCCUGGAAGGACUUGUGUGAGAAGCGAUGUUAAGAUCAUCGGUAUACCCCAAAAGGCAGACGACGUGGAUGUACCGAACCCAAAAGAUGUCAUCUCCAAGGCGAUGCCAAAUAUACAGGCUUUGCAGAACACCAUCUUCUCUCGGAUGACUGACUUGGCUGUCAGCGCAUGGUAUGAGCCUACCGAUGACAUUCUCCAGGUCGUUAGCAUGCCAGUUUUUAUGAUCCAGCAAGCCAUAAACAGCAUGGCUAAUGCGAAGUCCCUGGGCCAGCAGCAGGAGAAGCGAGACAGGAUUAACUUGAUCCUCGAGAUCUUAGGCGUCGUCUUCAUCUUCGUUCCUUUCCUGGAUGACAUAACCCCCGAGCUUGAGGUCUUCGACGGCAUCUUCAGCACUGUGGCCGCGGCUGGUAACGUAGUGUUGACAAUCCAGGCCAUCAUUGCCGACCCGACAUCAGCGCCCAUGCAGCUUCUGGGCCUGCUUACGGCGGGCGGUACGCGAGAUGAAGGCGACUCUACUAAGAUGGCCUCUACAAGGAGAGGAAUUAGUGAAGACGAUUUGGGAAAGAUUGGAUCUUUCUAUAAGGAGGCUGACGAUGACUUCCAGGACGUUAUCAGGCAGAGUUGCAGACUGUAA